CCGUAGAUAAAUUGUGCCUGAGGAUGACAACUCCACUGUCACUUGAGCACAACGCACAUGAUAGGCGAUGACAUAUGUGUCACUUAUAUUUGUCGGUAAAUGACCAUUGCUCGAGCUCCCAUUGUGCUGCGUUUUACACGAGACGUAUGUGGUAGCAUAGCCCGAGGCAAUUAACAGCUUCUGUUAAUGUAGUUAAUCACUAAUACAGCAUGCUCACAUUGGUAUACAUUGCGGAUAAAAGAAUAGCUAAUCAGUAUGUCGUUUACGGAAUACAUAAUGAGCCAGUAAGGCAUGUAGAGUACAGGGAUUAGCAGGACGACUCGGGACAAGUUUUCCUGUCAUGAGGUGUACUUGGCAGGUGCCGAUAGGCGUGUUAACACUAGCAAGUGUAAUCGUCUGGUGUUACCGACAGGAUGUGACAAUCAUCGGUUAUCCGAUGCCUUUAGAUAGAAGUUAUGUAAAGGCAGAGAAGACAAACUUACUCGGAUAUCAGAGGAUUGAAAACAGUUUUGGAAGAAACGAAACUAUACAAAAUAAGAUAAUACGUGAUCGAUUUGAGACUAUGAAGUUUAAUUUACUGGAAGCAUGCCAAUCGAAGUCAGUGUAUCAGGUUCACCCGACACUGGGUUCCAUUAAAGACAGGAACCUUUUGUACGACUACAAGCACAAUUUUAUCUACUGUAUGGUGGAGAAAAUAGGCAGUACAUUUUGGAGGAGAGUGUUUCAUCUAUUAAAUCAUCCGGAAUACACGAACCUGUAUUCAAUUCCACAGUUUUAUGUUCACAAAGAAGAGCUGCCGACUUUGAGGAAUUUUAAUAUUCAAAAUUCCACGAGGAUUAUUGGGACUGCUCAAAAGGCAAUGUUUGUUAGAGAGCCAUACGCUCGUGCAUUUUCUGGAUACGUGGACAAGUUAUACUCCAUGAAUUAUUAUUACAUGCAAUCGUUAGGACGAGGUAUUAUUAAAGCAUUGCGAAGAAACGCGACGGCAGCCAGUUUAGCGUGUGGCCACGAUUUGACUUUCACUGAAUUUAUUAGGUACUUAGUGAGUAUGCAACAAAGAAAUCUUCAAAAUUACGUCGAUGUUCAUUUCUCACAAAUAUACACUCAUUGUUUACCAUGCGAGGUGAAAUAUGACUACAUUGGUACAAUGGAAAACUUUGAUGAAGACGCAUCUUAUCUUAUUUCUGAAAUGAAUCUCUCCAAUAAUAUUUCUGUUGAAAUAUCGAAAAGAACAUCAGUGACGUUAUCAAUAUAUUUGGUGCUAAAUGACACAUUUAGUCUAAGACAAAAGAUGGCGCAUUGUAUGCCUUGGAGAGCAAUGUACACUCGCGCUUGGCGGACACUGCAAAUACGCGGUUUAAUAAAUCCACAAGCCCCUGUUCCAGACUCACCAGAUAUGACCAUGGAUAUGUUGUUUCAUGAGGCGGUCAAAGUUAGCGAUCCCGCACGAGUGUCCGAGUACAAACAUAGGUUCCUGAUAGGCAUGUACCGGACAUUGGACAAACAGCUGUUGGAGAGAUUCAGACAGUAUGUUCUCCCGGACUGCCGCCUUUUUGGAUAUGAUGAUAGACCGUCAUACCUUUUUGAUAGAAUAUGAGGAUAUCUAAGUGUGUUUAUUGAAGAGCAAGCAGUUCAUAUGUUUAUUAUAUAUUUGUUUCUUUUUAUCUAAUUACAUGUUAAACAGCUUGCACCUUUAUAUCUGUAGUUCACAACGAUUUUAACCUAUAGGGAAGUAUGUUUCAACUUCUCUUCUGACAAAAGUCUAUAACCCUGUCCGAAUCGUUGUGCCUAGAUAGUUUAAACAUUUAUUCGGAGUUAAAACAAUGUUAAUUAUAUUACUGUCAUAUUAUACAUGAUACGCGAUUUCUAUAAAGGAUACAUUUUGUAUCUUCAUUUACGCAGGAGUGUCUGUAAAUACCGCUAUGCUGAUACACCAUUAUAGUGAAACUGUAAGUUGAAUAUUGAUUUCGCUACAAACUGAUGAUAUUAGUCUUACUGUAGUAACAAUGGAGGUGCUUAGCUGGUAUUAGUAUUAUCAGAGCUUGGUUGUUAAGAUGAAGUAUUGCAUAGUUCUGUUGUAAAGGUGUCGUUCUGCAGUGGUCGUAUGCUAAGGUGUCGUUCUGCAGUACUCGGUUGCUAAGGUGUCGUUCUGCAGUACUCGGAUGCUAAGGUGUCGUUCUACAGUGCUCGGUUGCUAAGGUGAUAUUUUGUCUGUUAAUGACGUCAUCAAGUACACAUUUCAAACGUGUCGAAAAACUCAUCUUGAAGUUUUGUAGUUUUUUGGUUACGAAAUGCAGGGUACAUUUCUGAGUUAUGUUGCUAUUGUGUCGAGAUUGUCAUCUCAAUUUAACUUCCUGACUGUUCCCUUCUUGUCCCAUGCGUGAUGGGCUAAAUGAACUAGUAAGUGUUAAAAGCAAAUAACAUUUUAUUUUAUAAUUUCUUACCAAUUUAAUUGAGUUUAUGAUAUAGUCAACAUCGUCAAAAUGUAUUCUUUAAAACAAAGUGCAUAUCAUCAUGUCGACACAAGCACAGCACAUAUCAAAAUCACAGGUAUAUAAAUCAAUUCAGUCAAGUAUCCAUAUACUCCUAUUGUGGUGAUGCAACGCUCGCCUAGUUAUGGGUCUUCAAAAAGUCAGCAUCCUUAAAACAUCAAAUCGUUCCAAAAAACAUAUUGGCAAUGUCAGCAAUAUUACCAUCAGAAUAGAUAAGACACGUUUCGAUAAAUACAGCAAUAUUAAACAUUUAAUACAGGAUCAACCUUGCAUUGCACUCUAGCCAUGUACCAAUCUGUAAACGUGAUUGGGUCACUCCCUCAGCACACAUUUCAAACUUCGUGGUUUUUCUUUUUACAAUGUACAUAUUUAUCUUGUGCUACUUUUUUGUUAUAGUUAAUUAGAGUGCUAGCACCGACCCACAUGGAAAACUCAGUCAUGUACUGCUACCGGCAAUUCUGGAUUAGCGGUGUCUUCUCCAGCUGUGCAAACACGAGUAGCCUCCCCUCCCCUGUAAACCGUCACUGGACAGAGUUGUUUACCUUUACCUGUGGUAGUACGUGCGAGGAUCGGGAUUAGUGGUUCCUUGUAAACUGCCGUAAUAUUUUUAGUAGACUCUGUAUUAUAUGUACCAAUCAAAAUGAUCUAACAUGUUGUUUUACCUGCAUAUAUAUUGUGAAUACUCAAAAAAUAUUCCAAAGUUAAAACUCGGCCAGUGUAUAUAACCCAGAUCGCUUUUCUACCACAGAAAGCUAUAAUUUCUGACAUUCUACUCGAAAGCCACCAAAUACAUUGCGUAGAAUUCUCCAGUCUAUUCGAGGAAAACACCAUUUUAUUCAAAAUGCUAUUGACUGUCGAAUUGGCUGCAACCGAAUAUCAAAAACACUAAUGAGACUUAUAUCAUCGAUGGCGAUCUGACAAAAAUAAAACAUUUGAUUCAUAAAACAAACAGGCUAUUGAGGUGUAGCUAGCACGUGUGGUGCGCUUGGCUUGUACAGCCUGUCAGAUUGUACAAAGAAUGCUUGCCUAAAUAUGUGUAUACGAUCCACUAUUAUAGAGUGACAAUACCCUUGUAUGACAGAGUGCAUCGAAACUAUCACCAGGUCCCGAUCCCAACAGCUAUCCAUAAAAACCACAAACUAGACGUAUUCAUAUCCAACCGUGCUACACAUUCCUUGGAUCUUGUGAAUAAUACUUCUUUCGACUUUUUCAUACAACAAAGAGCUGUUAACCAUCACAUCUACAAAAAAUGAUCAUUCACAGAUAUCAAUUUAUCUUAAAUAAUUUACAAUAUAUCAGAAUUUUUUUUCUUUACUAAUAUAGUUCAUGCAGGUAGGGUUCCCCAACUGUGGGCUAUUUUCCUUGGUACGUCCGCAACCGAAAUUAUAUAUUAUGUUUUAAGUCAAUAUUGAAUGUAUUCUUUAGUAUAAUGCAGUCUGUUGAUUGCUUUUCAACAAACCAACAACAUGACAAAAGCUUGAUCUUGUUAAAUAUAGUCAUUAUACACUAGAAGUAGGUAGCAGAAAAAAAAGUCUGAGGGUUUUCAAGUGAGAGUAACAUUUACCAUGAUAAUUAGUAACGGUAGGUAGGAUUGGUCCAAUCCUGGUGUGUUAAGUGUUACGUGACAUUUGAUAGUUAAAUUGAUAUUUUAAUAUAGGAGUUAAGUUUCCUACAGCUUGUUUCUAGCUAAAGGCAAAUGUCAUUUGAUAAUUAUCUAUUAUCUUUAAUUACUGAAACACCACUGACUUCAUUGUCUCAUUUUAAUACACACUAUAUUAGUGUAUAUCCUGUCAAUGUUUACACUGUGCUAUACUAGCAUUGUAUGUAUAUUCGACUAUAACAGUGCUUUCACCAUGUCAUUUAGUAACACUUGUGUGAUAUGCAAGUGUUCACUAUUUAAUUAUAUUUUUAGGAUUGCUAAAUUUUAAGUUGACUGUGAUGAUACUAUAUUUACUACUAUCUUAAAUUGUGUCAUUGAAUAUUUAAAAGAAACUGUGGUUAGGUAUACAUAAUUAUGUUUAUUUAGGGGAUAGUACG